AUAUACGUAAAACUCAGAUAUAACAUGCAUUUCAUCGCCGCUGUACCCUUAAGGGAAAAAAAAAGCUUCCCACGUGUUGCUUGUUGUCGGUGCUACAGGUUGCCUACCUGUGCUCUCUACCACCACUUACAUCUCUGUUGGUCUGUACUAAACGUGAUCUGCUUACAGCAGCAUCGGCAGAAACAUUUUAGCGAACCUCCCAAGAGAAUGACUCGCCUCUCUCAAAACUCCGCCCUCUAGGUUUGUGUUGGGAAACAGUCUGUUUAAACUCGACGUGUACAAAAAAAAAAAACAACCCACCUAAAGGUGCUGCGCCUGUUGAUAUCCUCGCCUUUGUAGUUAGUGAGCUGGGCACAGUUUUGACCAGUCGCUAAAAAUGUUAGACCCUUCUUCCAGCGAAGAGGAAUCGGGCGAUGAGGUAUUGGAAGAGGACCGCAGAGAUGUCCCGCUGGCCGUCAGCUCACAGAGGUCCCUACCCGCACAAGGGCGAAAUUCCUGGGAUGAAAGACGAUCACACACUGCCAGACCUGCGAGCCCCAGUCCUUCUGUCAUCAGUGAGAAGGAGAAAGAAGAACAAGACAGGUUACAGAAAGAAGAAGAGAUGAGAAGGACGAAACUACAGAUUUAUAUAUUUGUGCUGAGGUGUAUAGCAUAUCCUUUUAAUGCCAAACAACCUACAGACAUGGCAAGGAGGCAACAAAAGCUCAACAAGCAACAGCUGCUGACAAUCAAGGAACGGUUUCAGGCCUUUCUGAAUGGAGAAACGCAAAUUGUUGCAGAUGAAGCUUUUUGCAAUGCAAUUCGCAGUUAUUCUGAGGUAUUUCUUAAGAGUGACCGCGUUGCCAGGAUGGUUCAAAAUGGAGGGUGCUCUGCCAAUGACUUCAGAGAAGUCUUUAAAAAAAAUAUCGAGAAACGGGUCCGCAGCCUUCCUGAAAUUGAUGGCCUCAGCAAAGAGACUGUGCUGAGCUCCUGGAUUGCCAAGUUUGAUGCCAUUUACAGAGGGGAGGAGGACUUUCGCAAACAGCCGCCCAGAAUGCACCUAAGUGCUGUGUCAGAACUGAUCCUCAGCAAGGAACAGCUCUAUGAAAUGUUCCAGCAGAUCCUGGGAAUUAAGAAGUUUGAACAUCAGCUGCUCUACAAUGCUUGCCAGCUUGACAAUGCAGAUGAACAGGCUGCACAAAUUCGAAGAGAGUUGGAUGGUCGAUUGCAACAGGCUGAUCUGAUGGCAAAGGAGAGGAAACUUCCAAAGUUUGUUUCCAAAGAGAUGGAAGUCAUGUGUAUUGAAGAGUUAAAAUCCUCAGUGAAUUUGCUUAUGGCCAACCUGGAGAGCCUGCCCGUUUCAAAAGGAGGACCCGAUUUCAAACUUCAAAAACUGAAACGGUCACAGAAUUCCUCCUUCCUAGAAAUUGGAGAUGAAAAUGACAUUCAGCUAUCUAAAUCUGAUGUUGUUCUUUCAUUUACACUGGAGAUUGUUAUUGUUGAGGUGCAAGGAUUGAGAUCAGUGGCUCCCAACAGGAUUGUAUAUUGUACAAUGGAAGUAGAAGGAGGAGAAAAGCUACAGACAGACCAAGCUGAGGCUUCAAGACCCCAGUGGGGAACUCAAGGAGAUUUCACCACCACACAUCCUCUCCCUGUUGUUAAAGUGAAGCUUUUCACUGAAAGCACAGGGGUCUUGGCCUUGGAAGACAAGGAGCUGGGAAAGGUUGUUCUGUAUCCAACAACCAAUAGCCCCAAGGCUGCAGAAUUGCACAAAAUGAUAGUGCCAAAAAACAGUCAGGACUCGGAGCUGAAGAUAAAGCUGGCAGUGCGGAUGGACAAGCCACCAAAUAUGAAGCAUAGUGGGUAUCUGUAUGCCCUCGGGCAGAAGGUCUGGAAACGCUGGAAAAGGAGGUAUUUUGUACUUGUCCAGGUUAGCCAGUACACUUUUGCCAUGUGCAGUUACAGAGAGAAGAAAUCGGAACCUCAGGAAUUAAUGCAACUUGAAGGAUAUACUGUUGACUAUACUGACCCUCAGCCAGGUCUUACUGGUGGAAGAGCUUUUUUCAAUGCAGUGAAAGAAGGUGACAUGGUGGUUUUUGCCAGUGAUGAUGACCAAGACAGAGUCCUUUGGGUCCAGGCAAUGUAUCGAGCUACAGGCCAGUCCUACAAACCAGUCCCUCCGACACAGGCUCAGAGACAGAACUGCAAAGGCGGAAAUCUACCAGUGGAUGCACCUGUAUCACUGCUAACUUUAGAGCGGUCUCCUAAGCACGGGAUGGAUGAAUUCAUAUCUGCAGUCCCUUGCAAGUUUGACCAUGCUGCCCUGUUUCAAGUGCUUCAAAAGCAGACGCUGCAGCACAGAAUGAAUGAUUCCUUUUCUUGUCUGGGCUGGUUCAGUCCUGGCCAGGUGUUUGUGCUGGAUGAGUACUGUGCCCGAUAUGGAGUAAGAGGCUGCCAUCGACACCUUUGCUACCUUAAAGAGCUGAUAGAGUAUGCAGAGCGCUCAGCUGUGAUCGACCCGACCUUGCUUCAUUACAGCUUUGCCUUUUGUGCUUCUCACGUUCAUGGCAACAGACCUGAUGGAAUUGGGACAGUGACCAUUGAAGAGAAAGAACAAUUUGAAGAAAUUAAGUGCAGACUUCUGGCUCUUCUUGAAAACCAGAUUAUCCACUUCAGGUACUGUUUCCCAUUUGGACGUCCAGAAGGUGCUUUAAAAGCUACUCUUUCCUUGCUUGAGAGGGUUUUAAUGAAGGACAUUUCUACUCCUGUUCCACCUGAUGAUGUGAAGAAAGUGGUCCGUAAAUGUCUUGAGAAAGCUGCUUUGAUAAAUUACUCUCGCCUUACAGAGUAUGCUAAAAUUGAAGACACAAUAAAUCUAGGUGCACCUACUAAAAAGCUGGAAGAUGUAAUACGCCUUGGAGAACUGUGCAUAGAGGUACUUCAGCAAAAUGAAGAACAUCAUUCGGAGGGAAACGAGGCCUUUGCUUGGUGGCCAGAAUUAAUGGCAGAGCAUGCUGAAAUAUUCUGGUCCCUAUAUGCUGUUGACAUGGAUGCCUGUCUUGAAGCCCAACCUCAAGACUCCUGGGAUAGCUUUCCACUCUUCCAGCUCCUCAAUAACUUCCUGAGACUCGACCCGACAAGUCCCUUGUGUUUACCAGCCAUUGAAGGUGCACCAUCAGUUGUGACGGAGACCACGGAGGAUGACGCUUACCUGUGUAACGGAACAUUUCAUAAGCAUUUGCAGGACAUUUUCAUUCCUCUGGUUAUCCGCUACAUUGAUCUCAUGGAGUCUUCUAUCGCACAAUCUAUUCACAGAGGAUUUGAACAGGAAACAUGGCAGCCAGUCAAGACAAUUACCAACAAUCUUCCAAAUGUGCCUCUACCAAAAGUUCCAAGUCUGCCUCUUAAUCUUCCUCAAAUACCUAGCUUUUCUGCACCAUCCUGGAUGGCUCCUUUAUAUGACAACACUAAUGGAUCAGCAACAUCAGAAGAUUUAUUUUGGAAACUGGAUGCAUUGCAAAUGUUUGUCUUUGACCUCCAUUGGCCAGAACCUGAGUUUGCCCAGCACUUGGAACAGCGACUCAAACUGAUGGCCAGUGAUAUGGUCGAAGCCUGUGUUAAAAGAACAAAAGCUGCUUUUGAUGCCAGGAUGCAGAAGGCCAGCAAAUCAACUGAUUACAGAGUGUCUCCUUCUGUUUGCACCAUGUUUAAUGUGCUAAUGGAUGCCAAGAAGCAGUGUUCCAAGCUCUGUGUACUAGAUGCAGGGCAAGAGAUUGUUAAGCAAUGGCAGCAGUACCAUUCCAAAAUAGAUGACCUGAUUGAAGAGGCUUUCAAGGAAAUGAUUUCCUUGUUGGUUUCUAAGUUUGCUGCUGUUUUAGAUGGCGUACUAUCCAAACUCUCAAGAUACGAUGAAGGAACACUGUUUUCCUCAUUUCUGUCUUUUACAGUAAAGGCAGCUGCAAAAUAUGUUGAUGUUCCUAAGCCUGGAAUGGACCUAGCAGAUACUUAUAUAACCUUUGUACGACAGAACCAGGAUAUUCUGAGAGACAAGGUCAAUGAGGAAAUGUAUACAGAAAAAGUAUUUGAUCAAUGGUACACAAGCUCUAUGAAAGCCAUUUGUGUUUGGCUGACAGACAGGCUUGAUCUACAGCUCCACAUGUAUCAGCUGAAAACCCUUAUCAAGAUUGUGAAGAAAACAUACCGUGAUUUCAGACUGCAAGGAGUGUUAGAAGGAAUACUGAACAAUAAAAACUAUGAAACCAUCUACAAUCGUCUUACUGUGGAGGAAGCCACUGCCUCUGUAACUGAGAGUGGUGGCCUGCAGGGGAUCUCAAUGAGAGACAGUGAUGAAGAAGAAGGUUAAUUUCCAAAUCAGGAUACUGAACAGUCUGAGAUCAAAUGAAGAAACCUUAAUUCAUUGUUGCACAACCAGAAAAAUACAUCUGUACCUGUGCCAUAAAGUCAAAUUUUCAGAUAGUAUUAUACUACAAUGUGCACUGCCGCUAUUUUGAUGACGUUAAGAAAAUCAUUUUUCCAUAUUACAGUUCAAAAGAUGCCAAGGACAUUUAUGAAAAAGUGAAUAUAGUUAUACAGUAUAUAUAAAAUAUAUAACAAAGUUGUGUAAAUGUUUUAAUUUUUAUCUUAAUUCAUGCUGGUUUUGAUUGAUGUUGGGGUUUGCAUAAUCAUAAAAUCAUUUUUUUUAUUUAAAUGAAAAUGACAACUUAAGUUUACAGCUGUUGUGUGAUUGUGAUUAAGUUGACUAGAUGUGAUGAAUAUCAUGUGUGUUCAGUUUUCCAGUUGAGGACCUGUCACCGUACACACUUCCUCAAUCAAUGUGUUUGUGUCAAGAUCUGAUCUUAAGACAUGGUCCUUCAUGCUGACUUUAUUAUUCAUGUUGAUGUUGUCUCUCGGGGCCAAAGGACCAAAGUGCUGUAUUUAUCCUUGUCAAGAUAUUAGUCAUUUGUUGUAUGUAUGUUUGUGCUUCUAAUUGGUGGUAAAAUUGACAUGACAGAGACAAACAACCAUACUAAUUGAGGUAUUCAUGAUUUAUUAAAUGUCUAGUGGCCAAGAUUUUGUGCAUUACAUUUGAAAUAUUAAUGAUGUAUAAUAACGUUCAUGUAAGUUUACACCAAACAACUGAAAAACACAUUACAACUGUACAUUUAUAUGGUCAUACAUACUGUAUACCUGAUUCAGGUGCUUAAUAUGUAUCACAAUAAAGUGUUCUAAUGA